UCCAUCUGUCUUCUGCCGUCGUCUGCUGCCCGUCUGUCCUCCCUCUGGUCCUCCUUCAAACCCUCACCUCUCAAACGAAAGCUCUGACAUGUUACGAAAAACUUUGAUUCGAAAUGAAGUGGUGCAAUUCUGCAAGAGGGCAGUCCAGCCGACCUCCGUGCGCCUCGUCGGCCCAGCGUGCGUGAAGGCUUGCCAAUUCCACAGUUUAAAAGUUAGCCAGCCAUGUGUCCUCACUGGAAGCCACCAUUUGGUGGAAACUCGGCAGCCAGUGCGACACUACUGUCCCGAUUUACCUCCCCACAACAAAGUUUUGCUGCCAGCUUUGUCGCCAACCAUGGAGUUGGGUACGAUUAUCAGCUGGGAGAAAAAGGAAGGUGACAAGCUCAAUGAAGGAGAUCUCUUAGCUGAGAUUGAAACAGACAAAGCUACGAUGGGAUUUGAGACCCCAGAGGAAGGCUACCUAGCGAAGAUCAUCAUCCCCGCAGGAACUAAAGAGGUGCCGAUUGGCAAGCUGGUCUGCAUUAUUGUCGAGAAUGAAUCAGAUAUUGCCGCUUUCAAAGACUACAAGGACGACGGCUCCAGUGCUCCAGCCCCACCAAAGGCUGCGCCUGCUGCCCCCGCACCAACCCCUUCUCCUGCUCCAAGGGCAGCUGCACCCCCACCACCCCCAUCUGCCCCCUCUGUCUCCAUCCCUGCUCCAGGUGCUGGAGACCGAGUUUACGCCAGUCCUCUCGCCAAGCGACUUGCUGCUGAAAAGGGGCUUAGCUUAGCGUCUGUAGGUACUGGGUCUGGCCUGUUUGGAUCCGUAACUGCUGCAGAUCUCUCCAAAGCCACUUCAGGGUCACCAGCGGCGGCUCCAGCUGGCGCUGCUGCAGCUGCUGCGGCACCAUCUGGUUCAUUUACUGAUAUUCCCCUCUCUAGCAUGCGAAAUGUUAUCGCCAAGCGACUUCUUCAAUCCAAACAAACAAUUCCUCAUUAUUACUUAACGGUCGAUAUUAAAAUGGACGAAGUAUUGAAUUUACGUAAGAAGCUCAAUAGUAUGACAGAAAAGGAUGGUGUCAAACUCAGUGUAAAUGACUUCAUUGUCAAAGCAACUGCCCUGGCAUGCAAGAAGGUCCCUGAGGCCAACUCUGCAUGGAUGGACACCUUUAUUCGAGAAUUCCAUUCAGUUGAUGUCAGUAUAGCUGUAGCAACAGACAAGGGCCUGAUCACACCUAUUGUAUUUGGAGCUGACAAAAAAGGUCUGUCUAGGAUCAGGCAAGAAACUAACUUGCUUGUUUCCAAGGCAAAGGAGGGCAAGCUUCAGCCUAGUGAAUUCCAGGGUGGCACCAUCUCUAUCUCUAACCUUGGCAUGUUUGGAGUCAAGAACUUUGCUGCCAUUGUGAAUCCCCCUCAAGCAUGUAUAUUGGCUGUUGGAGGAACAAGAACACAGCUUCUCCCUGACAAAGACUCAGAAUCUGGAUUCAGGAAAUGCGACAUUAUGUCUGUCACACUUAGUUGUGAUCAUCGUGUCAUUGACGGAGCUGUUGGAGCCCAGUGGCUAUCUGCCUUCAGGGAGCUGCUGGAGAAGCCCCACUCCAUGCUGCUAUAGGAAAUUAAAAAAUGAAACAGCAAGUUAUUACAAGACUUACAAUUUAAACCUGCCAAUCCAGUCCAACUGGCAUCAAUAUUCAAUUGUGACAGUGAUGAAACUCCAGUUCCACCUUGUUAAGAUGAUAGUUACACAGGGUCAUUACUUGUCCAACAAAUUAUGUUAUCAUGUUAUCUGUUAUUUUUGUUGUUUUAUUUUUUAUGAAAAUUAUUAUUUCUAAUCAAAGUAUUUGAUAUCCGGUGUACCAUAACUCAUGGUUUUAGUUCAUUUUUUUGAAAAUGUGAUGCUGUGCAGAAAUUUAUCAACCAAUGUGUACAAAAUGCAUAAUGAAUGUUAUUUGUAUUCAGUUUUCCUUCUUAAAGAAGUGUAAAGUAGAUUUUAAAAAGAAUAUUUAUUGUAAAGUGUUAAUAUUUGCCACAGCACAAGGGUACCCACUAGCUUUCCUGUUGCCAGUAUAAAGUUGUGCCCUUCCAAUAGCAAGAAAGUAGGUUUGCUUCAAUCUUUUGUUUAUAAGUGAACAAAUGCCUCUCUUCAAUGGUUGUAGUACGUAAGUCAACAGCACUUCUACCCUUUUGGAUGUAGCUGGCAAAUGAUAAUGUUAAAUAUGUGAAUGUUCUCAAUUGAGUAAAUUGUAAAGGAAGGUACCUCUGUGCUUAAGUAUUAGCAGUUACCUCUGUGAGGACAAUUUUAAUGUACCAAUGUAGAUUUGAAUGAGUGUGAAAUUUUGACUGAAGGGGAAUCAUGAGCAAGGUUUUUCUUUUUUUUUCAUAGAGCCAAUAACAUUCAUUGUGUUUAGAAGUUGAAUGCAAUGUGAAGUACUUUUACACUGCCGCUAUUUAUUGAAGUAUUUCCAAUGCUGUUUUCUGAAACGUUUCUGUUAGAAUGUUAAAUAGUUGCUAUUGCCUCAGAAAGAAAGCCAUUUGCAGGCCAUUUUCAGUUACCUCUGUAUUUAUUGAAAAUAUAUAUAUGUGUAUUUUUUUUGUAAAGUACGUAAUGAGUAAUGUAUAUUCUAAAAAUUUAUAAAUACUCCAUUGCUUUCCUUUCUGUUUUCAGCAACUUGCUCAUUCAUCUUCACUGUCUACAUCUGUUAAUGGACCUAAUGUACAAACGAUGUUUCCGUUAUGAAAUACAACUGUGCCACAGCACAUAAAAUUUGUUAAAAUAUGA